CCGCGUUUGAUACCCAAAAUUUGUCAGCUUCUUUUUCUCUGUUAAUUGCAAUUCCCUUUUGCUUUGCUUUGCUCUCUUUCCUUGUUCUCUCUCACUCUUGUGCUGCUCUCUCUCAGCUCUGCAAUGUUAUCGAGCAGUUUAUGGGAACUACCCUCUUCCUCUGCCAUUUUGUACCGCUUUCUGACGCUAUUCUCAUUUCUCAUCUCCAUUUCAGCCGCUUGUUUUAAUGGAAAUUGCCAGGUUAUGGAAGCUUGUACGGCUGCUACGGAUUGUGGGUCAGGUCUCUACUGUGGGAAUUGUCCUGCUUCUGGCCACAAUCAACCCGUUUGUACUAGAGGCCAAGCCACCGUUCCCACUUCUGUUAUUAAUGGCUUGCCCUUCAACAAGUACACUUGGUUGAUGACUCAUAACUCGUUCAGUAUUGUUGAUGCGCCGUCUUUGGCUGGUGUUCAGAGAUUGACGUUUUAUAAUCAAGAGGAUACUGUAACUAAUCAGUUAAGAAAUGGAGUGCGGGGACUGAUGCUGGAUAUGUAUGAUUUUGAAAAUGAUAUCUGGCUCUGCCAUUCAUUCAGGGGGCAAUGUUUCAACUUCACUGCCUUUCAACCAGCAAUUAACACUUUAAGAGAAGUGGAAGCAUUCUUAACUGAGAACCCAACUGAAAUUGUGACCAUUAUAAUUGAAGACUAUGUGCUUACUCCAAAGGGGUUGAGAAAUCUAUUCACCAGUGCUGGGCUGGACAAAUACUGGUUUCCUGUAUCCAAGAUGCCAAAGAAGGGAGAAGAUUGGCCUACAGUCACUGACAUGGUGCAGCAGAAUCAUCGGCUUCUUGUUUUCACAUCUAUCGCGUCGAAGGAAGCCGAGGAAGGAAUUGCUUACCAGUGGAAGUACAUGUUGGAAAAUGAGCCUGGUGAUCCUGGAGUUGUAGUUGGUUCAUGCCCGAAUCGAAGAGAGUCAAAACCGCUGAAAUCAAGAAGUUCUUCUCUAUUCCUCCAGAAUUACUUCCCAACAUAUCCAGUGGAAUCUGAGGCUUGCAAGGAACAUUCAGCUCCACUUUUUAAUAUGAUCUCCACAUGCUAUAAAGCAUCUGGGAAUAUUUUGCCAAACUUCUUGGCUGUUAACUUUUACAUGAGAAGUGAAGGUGGAGGAGUCUUUGAUGCUUUGGAUAAGAUAAACGGCCAGACGCUAUGCGGGUGUAGCACACUUGCUGCCUGCCAGGCUGGAGCUCCUCCUGGUACUUGCAAGAGUAUUCCAGCCCCUAACACCGGUCCAUUGAGCAGUACCACUGGUAGCUUCACCGGGUCUGUUCAGUUCACGAAACCGUCUGCUUCGACAGUCCAUUCACCGAAUCUUAUGGUUCUCUGGUUAUUCUACUUACUAUUGUUGGCAUUCUUAAAAACAACAAUCAGCACUCAUAUAAUUGGCUUUUGAGCAACCAUUCACGGAGGUUAGCCUAGUAUAUUGUAUGUAAAGAUUGAGUCAUACCCAGUAUACUGCAUCCCAGCCAUCCUAUAGCAAUAUCUAAAAUUGGUUAAUAGAGUAGUAGACUCUAAAAUUAAAAGGAAAGACCAUUUUGAGAUUUUCAUUCAGAGAAGGUAAGAAGUUGCGGAGGUACAGUAGAAUCAGAAACCGAAGUGGACCUCGCAGACAGCAUGAGCUAUUUCAGGUUUCCUUGAUCGGAGGCAAAGUGAAAAAAGUGUGUUGGCAUGAGUGGCUGUAAUGCAGCCAAUCAUCACUUAUGGAUUGGAUUGAUGAGUAGUUAGUAUCCUUUUGUUGCUUCCCAUCUUAAAUGGAUAUUUGUUUCAGCCACUUCAUUAGCACACACACCAUUAAUGCACCCUACUUUUAAACCCAUCUCUUUCAAAGAGACUUGUGUUUGUGUCUUCAUCAACACAUUUAGUUAAAUUAAACUUUGAUAUGCAUAUUACACGCAA